CGAAAAUCAGAUACCUGGGGAGUCCGGGGUGCAUGAUGUCACGGUACCCUCGCCUCUGACGUCACCCCACUGCUCAUGGCUACAAAGACGGUGAAAGCCUCUGACCUCACAAACGCACCUCUCCGCAAGGGGUGGUGGGUGACACGCCCCUUUUUGCGCCCCAUCGGCGGCCAGGCCCCGGGCAUCCGCUGGCCCUCCUGCCCCUCCUACCAUCUGUGGCAGCCAUGAAGGGCGCUCCCAGCAGCCUGGAGACACUGCUAUGGGUCUACCACUUCCACAGCUCCACCGAGGUGGCCCUCCAGUCCCCGCUCCUGUCUUCCCUGGAACUUGCAGUGGCCGCGGCUCACGAGUAUCUGGAGCAGAAGUUCAAACAGCUCAACUCGGCGGAGCCACGAGAGCCGCCGGAGAAGCCGGCCGCCCCGAAGCCCACCCUGAGGCUGGUGCUCCGAGAGGCAGCAGCCAGCAUUAUGAGCUUUGGUGCCACCUUAUUAGAGAUCUCAGCCCUAUGGCUGCAGCAGGAGGUGCGGCGCCUGGACGGCAGCAUCAGCUGCUCUAGUCUUGCCCCAGACGCCGGGAACCCCUCCGGAGCGCUGGCCCGCAUAGCCCAGGCUGCCGGGCAGGGGGCGAGGCAAGCCGGGGUCGCCGCGGGCGCGAGCGCCCGGCUCAUGGUGCAGGGCGCGUGGCUGUGCCUGUAUAGACGGAGUCUGCAGGGGUCCGCCACACUCCUGGAACAGUGGGGACGCCAGCUGGGCCUGGGAAUCCCCGGGGAAGCAACAUCCUCAGGAGACCUCCAGGUGUCGUCCAGCGGUGAGGAUGAGGAAGCAGAGAUUCCACCACCGUCCCAGUCCCACUCCGCAUCCAAAUAAAGCCCGACAGAGAACUUCCACCAAAGGCCCCACUCAAGUCUCUUGGGUCCAGGCCGAAUCUCUUACCCUGGCUGCCCUUGGAUACACCGCCCGCCAGCCUGGCCCCGACCUCCGCCCUGCCCCUGCC